GUGUUCUAGAAGAUUCCAAUUUCCAAGAAUCCAUGUUCAAUUGCUGUAGUGUACUAGUUGUUCAUUUUUAUUUGUUAAUUUGUUACUAAGUCAAUAAAUGUAAAUAUUCUCUUACAAUUAUAAGGCUGUGAUUAUAGUUUUUCCUUUUCUAAUUUAUACAUUAAAUUAGUCGUGGCCAAAGAAAAAACUCAUUGUAUUUGAUUAAACUACGGACUUAAUUUAUUUAUGAUGGCUUCUUGCACAAACGAAGAAAAUAAAAUUGUCAUAAAAAAAGAUUGGUACCAAUCAGAGUCUCAAGUGAUCGUUAGCAUUUUGGGUAAACAUACAUCAAAAGAAGAAUGUUGCGUACAAUUUGAUAAAGAUGAAGUAAAUAUUCAAGCCAAAUUUGCCACUGGUCAACCCUACACUGUUAAUUUAAAACUUAGCAGAAGUAUUGCACCUGAAUUUAGUAGUUUUAGAGUUCUCUCAUCAAAAUUGGAGAUACGCCUUGCAAAGAUAGAAAGUGGAAUGUGGGAUGUACUAGAGAGAACUGUGGUCAAAACAACUAAGCCCUCCUCUGUCAAUCUCCGCAAUUGGGACAAGGUUGUCAAUGAUAUGACAAAAGAUGAGGACGACAGUGAUGUAAACACUUUGUUCAAGAAAAUUUAUUCAGACGGUUCUGACGAAGUGCGCAAAGCUAUGAACAAAUCUUUUUUGGAAUCAGGGGGCACUGUUUUAAGUACCAACUGGAAGGAUGUUGGCAAAGACAAAGUAGAUAUUAAACCUCCGGAAGGGAUGGAGUGGAAGAAAUGGGACGAAUAAAUAAAUAAAUCUGUACAUACUAUUACAUUAAUUAAAUGUUCGACUUUCUCUAAAAAUUAUUCAAUAAAAAAAAUGAUUUUUUUAACUAUACAUACCUCUCGCCGAGUAUUGUUGUAUUAUACACACAUAAAAUCGCGUUUUCAUGUGAACAAAUCAUGUUUUAAUUUAUUAAUUUUUUAUAUUGAUCUUUAUUUUGAUAAAUAGUCUUUAUAGUCUUUUUUUUUUCUUAAACAAAUUAUUUAGAAUUAAACAUAGAUGAAAAUUAAAGAUAUUUGUUACUUAUUGUAUAUUUGAUCUUAUACAAUUAGAUACCUUAUUGAGAUAUUCAGUUCAUAGCUGGCAAAGUUAAUACCAAAUUUAUGUUAAAAUGUUCAUGAUUCAUCUUACGGUUAAAAUAUGUAUUUGUAUGGAAAUAUUAAGUAUAGAAAUUAAGUUAUCAUAAGGUCUUGAAAGCUAAAGAUUUGAAAAUGUUAUAUGUGUAUGCUUAUAAGUUUUAAUGCUUUCAAUAAAUUUACAAGCAAACAAAACUAAGAUAAACGAUACUUUUCAUACAUUAUUGCUUUAAUUGUACAGGCCAAAUAUUUGUAUUAAAUAAUAAA